CUCUGGAAAUCUUCGCUGAACAGUUGUAGUACACACGCGCCGUGCGACGUUUUCCUCGGGCGUCUCCGAAAAUAUCUUUUCCGGAAGUGAGAUAAAUUGUGAGAUAUCGACGGUAACAGUGAUGAUAAUAUCGUAGGACAACACUAUUUGGCAAAUGUCUGUCACCGGACGUCUUCUACGCAGGCAGUGUUCCAGAAGUAACGAAGAGGCUAAACAUUGAGAGUACAGUUUAGGAUGUCACUCGCGCUCCCGUAUUUAAAAGUAAUCGUAAAUGUGUCUUCUCUGAAGUCUAUACGUGCGUAGCCUAUAUCAGUGCACAGCGAUGAGAGUAUCGAUAACUUUUAUGUCGUGUCACUGAUGUCAUUUAUUCAUAUGCAGGACAAGCGAUUUAUUCUAAUCGAGCAAUGACUCGAACACAAGCGCGACUAAAUCCCGUGUACUGGGGAACUUUGCCAUCCAACUCCUUUCUGGAUACAGCACGCGCCGCAUAAUAACGCCGAGGAUCACCAACUUUAACGAGUGUAUACGGAGCUCGGAGCUCUUCUGAUCCCAUAUUCUCUCAAACUCUUCAUGCCAUCAACUAAUGAUUUAAUUGGGCAAGAAUGGUUAGGAGACAUUAUUACGAGAAGCUCGGAAAGAAACUCAUUGCUAAGCUUGGAAGACUGGAUUAAAUUCUUGCAAAUAAAAUAAAUAAAAGAGUUUUAUGCUUCUCAGACCAGUGUGCUCGCUAGGUGGGCUGUGAAGAGACAGGAGGAAUGUUUAUCCGAAAUUUAUUAUCGCUCAUUUUGAGGUUUUUGCCUUUUUUGAUUAAUCUCUGCUUUUUCUUGGUAUUUCUCCCAUUAUUACAGCAUGCCCAGGGAGAGCUCCAGAAGUCAUGCUCCCGGACCCUGGCAGUGCCAGUGGAAGGCUUCUGCCAGCUGCCAUGCCAGUGCAGACCCUACCCACCACUACCACCACCACCCCCUCCACCACUACCGCCCAGACUCCUCUCUCCCACUGUGGCUCCAUCUACUGUGCCCCCUAUGAAGCCGUGGGGAAGGGAGGCUGAGCUCUUGGUACUGGGCAUAGUAAGCUGUGCAUCAGUAGCCUUCCUUCUCCUGACCGGGAUCAUCUGCUACAAGGCUAUUAAGAGGAAACCACUCAGAAAAGAAGAGAACGGAACCAGCCGAGGAGAGUAUGCCAUGAGCUCUCGCUGUAAGCAGCAGGUUGUAGAGACCAACAGCACUGGAGUAUAAUGCCCAUAACAGCGCUGAACCACUAUAAACUUUCGUCGCACCACAUCACUCCCAUUUCUUUCCCACAGACUGGAGGGGUUAGAAGAUGGAUGAAACAUACAGAAAGAACUUAUGAAAACACUCGUAACCAUGGCUCUGCUUGAGUGGAAUAUACUAAUACUUUAAAAAAGCCCAAAUGACAAAUAAGUGCUGGUUGAUGACUGACAUGUGACAGUAUCAGAAAGGUAUGAAGAAAGCACGGAUCCAAGAGACCCUUUAAGUUGGACUAGAUGACAGCUGCCAGUAUGAUGACUCUAAAGCUGUCAGGUCCUGUGACACCUCAGAGCUCCCUUGGAGGACUACAAGUAAACACCAACAACCAAUCAAUCGCAUGCACUUUCUGUUGAAUGCAAUUGACGUCUUAAGACUUCUGCUCGCCCCUUUCUUUCUGUUUCUCUGCGAUUUCCUCCCACCUCACCUCAUGUAAAAAAAGAGGGCCAUACUGCUUUGUAAGUUCUAGUACACUUUACAUGGCCACACAUCCAGAUCAAGCAGAUGCUAUUUGUGCACUCAAGAGGAGCUCAAGAACAUGCUUUUUUGUAUAACUAUGCAACUGGAAAGGACUGAAACCUAGUGAUGUAUGUUUAAGUUAGUAUCAUUCGCUGCUAAUCAGCAUUACAAACUGCUAUUGCUGAUCAAGCAGUGUGAGAGUUUCUGGCCAAUUACUUGUUCUAAUGGUAGUACUGUACAUUUGAAACAGACUAAUUCAGCUGUAACUUGCCCUCACUAAAUAUAUCCGUAAAUUAAAGACUGUUAUUUAACUAGGGCUACGUAAUGAAACAAAACCAAACCAACAAUAUCAAAAUUUAAAAUGUAUAAAAUGAGUUCUUUUUGCAAUUCAAUAUUUGUUUGCCUUUGUAUAGGUUAUUGGAGUUACUUAAACUAAAACUCCAGAAGUUUUCGUGUUGCAUUGUAACAAGCAGAUGGUCAUCAAAGAUUUUUUUGAAAUCACACAGUGAAAAAGAGAAAUAUUGUAUGCAUUAUACAGUUUCUUACUAUAAAGUAACAUAAACCUUGGUAUUCCUUAAAAACCAAUAUUAUAAGAAAUCAUGUGCUAGGGAAGUUAUACCUUGCUUUGUAUACUUAUUUGUUCCAAAUUGGGGUGGGGGGGGGGUUGUUGGAGAGUCUACAAUUUAUUUAUAGGGCAUUUACCGGUCAUUUUCUGUUAAUACAAACUACUUUUAGUUACGAGCAAUUUUGAUUUACUAAGUCUAAAAUAUAAAAGUAUUUUAGGCAUAGAUUACAGAGCAACAAGCACAGUGAAUUACAAUUUUUCAUUCAUAAUGCAAUAUUUGUGCUAUUUAUUAUUAUAUAUUGAACAUAACAGCCACCAUUACUAUCAUAUUAGUACUUGUUAUUUUGUCUACAAAAGGUAAUUGUUUGUAUGUUAUUUUGUUAGUUUAAUUUCCUUUAGUUGCUUUCAGUAAUGUUCUUAUAAAACAGCCAUUUGUUAGCAUUUUUGUUACACUCAUGGAUUUUACUGCAAGAUGCUGACUUUGGAGUUAACAUUCAUAGUUGCAUGAAAGGGAUGUUGAUGCUUUUAAAAAAGUUUUUAAAAAAUCACACACCUUAUAUUGCUCUUGUUGGAUUUGACUAGAUUAAAAAACCCAAAGAUGUGAUGUAAUGAUAGUGAUGUAACUUUCCUAUAUAGUGCAAUUCAACAGUGAAUCAUUGAGAUUUUAAAUGUUUAUCUAACUCACCAAGUACAUAAUGCAUACAACCAUCUACACUGUUUCAUUCUGUAGAAUACACUCUUACAGCUAUCUUAUCCUCUUAUAAUAUCCCUUCAUCCAUUAAGUGUAUUCAAAAAAUAAAUGUGUAUUAUAAUGAACAAAAUUACAUGGAAUCAUAUUGCAUGGAUGUAAAUAUUAUUUGCCUUCCUGACUGUAUUGUGUACAGAGUAAGAAAAAUAUGUUUAUAGGGAUAAAUAUAUGUUGAUGUGGUAUCAGAACAUACUAUGUGUUGCUGUUUGUCUGGAACAAGCCAUUAAUGUAUAUUGCAGUAAUCAAAGGUUGUUGCACAAUUUAUGCAUCACAUAUCAAAAUGUUUAACAUAAUAUAUAUUGUGCUUUGAUCUAAUUGCAACAUGCUGGCU